CACCAAAAAACAAAAGCGGGGCAGCCUUUGCAACUGCCUCUCGCGCGCGAUCCCCCUCCAACCCUCCCCCCGGAUUCGCUAAUCCCGCUUUUGCACCGCGAUCGCCCCGCGAUUUGUCAAGAGGAGGCGCAACGGCGGAGGAGGAGGCGCAGAAGGGAUCGGGCUGCUUGUUUAUCCUCAGGAAGGAGGAGGAGGAAGAGGAGGGGAGACUAGAAACUGCUGGUGCCCCAUUUCCUCUCGCGUGUCUGUGUACGUGUGAAUGCGAGUGUGGGGUCUAUCAUCCCUCCCUUGGAUUCUCCAUGUUGGACCCCAUCUGAGGAGCAAGGACCGUCCUCCUCCUUCGCCUCCUCCUUGGCCUGGCUUCUGCUUAUUCGUUGUUGUUGUUGUUUUUUACUCCUGGGUGUUGCAACUCCGAGGAGGAACGGACCACCUCCUCCUCCUCCUCCUCCUCCCUUGCAACUCCCCCUUCCUCCUCCUCCUCCUCCUCCUCCUCCUCCUCCUCCUUCCCUCUCCAAAGGAUCCCCCGGGUCUCUGGGAUUGUUAGAUGGAAAGCCGGUCCAUCAUCACCCAAGUGCAGAGGGACGAAGCCGCCUUGGUGCUCUCCAAACAAGUCUUGGUGUCCAAAUCCUCCCCAAAGAAGCCUCGUGGCCGGAAUAUCUUCAAGGCUCUCUUCUGUUGCCUCAGAGCACAGGAUGUUGGGCAGCCAGCCCUUGGUGGUGGAGAACAUGGUUCACACAAGGAGGAGACCAACACCAUUGCCAAGUCUGAUCUGUUGCAGUGUCUUCAGUACCAGUUUUACCAGAUUCCUGGGACAUGCCUUCUCCCUGAGGUGACUCAGCAAGACCAGGGCCGAAUUUGUGUGGUGAUUGAUCUGGAUGAAACCUUAGUGCACAGCUCCUUCAAGCCCAUCAACAAUGCUGACUUCAUAGUGCCUGUUGAAAUAGAAGGAACAACCCAUCAGGUCUAUGUACUGAAGAGGCCAUUUGUAGAUGAAUUCCUGAGGCGGAUGGGAGAGCUGUUUGAGUGUGUGCUCUUCACUGCCAGCUUGGCUAAGUAUGCUGACCCAGUAACUGACCUGCUGGACAAAUGUGGAGUCUUCCGAGCUCGCCUCUUCCGGGAGUCAUGUGUGUUUCACCAGGGUUGUUAUGUUAAGGACCUCAGCCGAUUGGGUCGUGAUCUACGUAAAACCCUCAUCUUGGACAAUUCUCCUGCCUCCUACAUCUUCCAUCCUGAGAAUGCGGUGCCGGUACAGUCUUGGUUUGAUGACAUGGCGGACACUGAGCUGCUGAACUUGAUCCCAAUCUUUGAGGAGCUGAGUGAAGCAGAGGACGUUUAUACCAGCCUCGGUCAACUAAGGGCACCCUAAAGCCCUCCUAGCACUAUGCCCAAAGGGGAACUUUUUCACUCAGUGCCUUCAGUAUUGGCCAGGAGGAAGGGAGGGGAACAGCACAUGUGUUACCCAUGACCCUCCCACACGGCAGAUGCAAGAACGUUGAGGGCAAUAACCUGCCUGGCCACUCAUUAGGUUAGGCCAGAGCGGUUUCCAACCAGGGUAUGGCCAGACGCCAGAGCCUCUGGCCUUUCCACCCCAAUCUGGGGACAUCCAAGAAGGAUGCCCCCUCCCCAACAGCGCUCAUAUCUAUGCACUGCAGGGACUCAGGCAGUAUCAAGGGGGAUAUUUCCUCCCCUCCUCACACCAUGGAGGCUCUACUUUCUUUCUGCCCCCUACCCGCAUUUGCUGCAGGGUGAUGAUUCACUGUGGAUAUUGUCCAUGCAGCUCAGACGGCCUUCCCCCUUCUCCCUCAGCAACCUAAAACAAUGCCAAAUGAUUUGUUUGGCAUUUCUUUUUUUUUUAUUUCUUUUUUCAAAAAAGGUAUUUUCCUCUUCCUCACCCUUUUCGGAUGCUCCUGAGAGAGCUGCUUUACCCAGACCCCAGGAAUACAGCCCUGGAGCUAAGGAUAUUUGGAGCCUUAUCUUCUCUCAGGCAGGACAGGGCUCCAUGUGAGGACCUCCCCUUGUCUCUCAAAUAUUUUUCUCUGCCCUUUCCAGGCACCAUGAAGAAGGAUUCUGUUUAGCUAUUGGGUUUCAUGUAGGAAAGAUUUCUUCUUGCCUUUCAUACAUGGCUAGAAAGUGGUGGUGGUGGGGACUGUAGCUGAAGCCAUGUUGUGCAUCUUCCUUUGUCCUGCUCUUUACAACACUUCUCCUUCAGAGAAAUCAAGCCCAUGCAUUCAAGGGGCUUAGUCCCUAAUUUUCCUUUGCUCAAAAGAAGCAUUUAAUCUGGUUUGCACCCUAUCCUUGUGCCUGGAAUAUGCCUGCAGGUGAAAGAUAAGGCCCAAGGAAGUGAAGACCUUGCAAAACCCCUCUAAUAUUAGUGGCAUAGCCUAGUUAAAGACUUAGACUAAAACAGUUAACCCACCCAGUCCCUUCACACUCCAUAUCGGUUUAGAAUCAGCAUUAUAGAUGAUCCUGCACUCCAGGCCUAGUCUUGUUUGGGGGAGGGAGCAGAACUAAACUAGUUUUAAGCAACAUCUCUUGCCUUAAACAUUUGCCUUGUUACUUCACCCAGUUUGCAGGUCGGACCGCUGUCAGUUCCUCUGUCCUCACUGAGAGUGGAUGCUAGCCUGAGGGAUAGGAGGAUGUGACUUUGGCCCGUCAGUGUCUUACCCCCUUUGAUGGUGCCCAGGCAACCAGGACAUCACCUGUCUUCCUGCUCAGGACUCAUAUUAGGGCCCAUCAUGAAAACUUGAAAACCCAGCCCUUUGGGUGGCCUCAGGGAAUCAUGGACUAGCAUACUAGAAGCUGCAGCAGGGGGAAGUGGAGGGGGACACGUUGUUUCUUGUGUGCGCACAACCUGUUUGUUCCAUGUUGCAUUUUUGAGGGAAGUAAGGGGAGGCUUGAGCGCUGCCUUCCCUUGCCUGUGCCCUGCAGCUGCUUAAGAGCAAGUGACUGUGCCUCCUUCUUGUCAGGUUCUCUCUGGGCCAAGCCUCCAUGGAGCAGUUUGGAUGCCCUGCUCCUUUCACUGCACCCUCCCUCAGCCUUGUCAAGUGGUGUCAGUCAGCUCUGAAAAACCAAAUGUAUACAGGGGUUUUUGUUACUAUUUAUAUGAUACGGAGCUGCCAGCCUCAUUUAGGGUAACAAGCCAGAGCCACUCAUUCUCCCCUUUCCCCUCCUCACGGCACGGUACGCUACCCUUCCUAGUCAUGUCUUCACAUGCUGUCAACAGGUGCUUUUGAAGUGCCGUGCAGUGAAAGGACAACCAAAUGUUUAAAUUUAAAGCCAGCUUGCUUUCGCUUGCUUUCCUUCCCAUAAGCAAUACACUGCAAGUGACUCCAUGUUGUUAAUGGUUGUGUGACGAGAGAAGCAGAGAUUCUUCAGGGCUCUUUUUCGUUCCUUUAUGUAUUUCUGGUGCUGCAUCAUGCUUGGAUCCAAGUGGUGGGCUGAGAGGUCUCUCAUCACUAGGUGGGAGGCUCAAAAGGACCAAAGCUUCAAAGACUUGCUGUUGGUUUGAGUGGGCAGGCAGUUCUUUACUCUGCCCAAAACACUGCUUAAAAGUUUAAUUAUUAAGUGUGUGGAUUGGCUGCUAUCUGACCUGCAAGUUUUGACUAUGUGUGUGCCUGUCAGCUCAGAUGUGCAGGCUAGGCCUCAACUUGCUCUUGAGAGGCAUCAGCUUCUCUCCUACUUUCAAUAUAAAACUCUGCCCCUCUCUUUGCCACAGUUGCCAAUGGUCCAUAUCGCCAUUGGAAAGGGUAUCAUGGGGGAAUGUCUCCAACUUGGUAGAGGACAGGAUGACCAGGUGACCUAACCGCAAAGGAGGAUAAGGCACCACAAAAUGUAGGACAUUUGAGGGAAAUGUAGGACAUUUGGAAAUAAAAGCUGAAAACCCUCAUAUAAAGACAAAUCUAUGCUUCUUAGUCAUGCACAAAAUGGAGGACAUUUUGAAAUUCCUCCUAGACAAAAGGUUGAAAUGUAGGGAAAAAAAGGAAAGGAAAUGUAGGAUGUAUCCUGGGAAAGGAGGUCACCCUGGUCCCUCUCCCCUCCCCCCAAAUAUUGGCCAGUCAGCUGUUGUUUCUCUCUACAACAUAAAGCCUUAAAUGUUGCAAAGUUAAUGAAUGCUGGAAAGAACAAAACCUCUUUGUCACUCCUUCCUGGUUGAGUCCUUGCUCCCUGCUUCAUCUUUGCCCUUUCUUAGCUGAAGAGAAACCACACACCACACUCUGGGCCCUUUCUCCAAAUAUGAAGCUGUCUUUGUAACUCCACUGUGCUGAGUUUCAAAACUCUCCCCUUGAUGGGAAAAACCCUAGCAAUGACACUCCUGUUGUUUUCAUUCCCUCUAGUGCAGGCAAAUGAAAGGUACUCUGCAAUUACUCCAGAAUUGCUUCUUUCUCCUCUGCCCUAAAGAUAAGCCUGAGUUGGGUUUGGGAUUACUGGUUCCCCCACCAAAUUGCAGGCUGUUCUGCAUGUAGCAGGAUCUUUGUGGCAAUUGCUUCAUCUGAAUGAGGCAGCAAAUGAGCAACUUGAACACAUCCAUAUGCUAUUAGGAAAUACCUUUGGUGAAAGAAAUGUGAAAUUUUGGUCUGUCAAAUGAUGGAUCCUGUCAAACAAUCACACUCUGGUGGGGCGGAUAGAAGGGUAAGAGAGUAGUAGAGGAAUUAGUUGUGUGGAUUCACUCUGAGCGGGGGACUUGCUUUUUAACUCACAUCCCCACUCUGAGAGUAAGACCUGUUUAGCCUUUGAUAGCCAUAAGGAUGCCUGGGCCAAAAUGCCAAUGUUGGGAUUGUGCCUUGAUCAAACCCAGCUGGUGAUGAGGGCCAAACACCAGCCAUUAAAUGGCUCUAGCACUUAACCUGGGGUGUGCCUUUUAGGAAUGCCUUAUGUAGCCACUCCACCGAUGCCACCACACAGACAUUUGCUGUAUCUGCGGAUUUUUUAUCCACAGAUUCAAGCAUCCAUAGGUUGAAAAUAUUUUUAAAAUACAUAAAUUCCAAAAAAGCAAACCUUGAUUUUGCCAUUUUACUAUGCCAUUGCAUUUAAUGGGACUGGAGCACCCAUGGUUUUUGGUAUCCACACAAUGUCCUGAACCAAACCCCACUGGAUACCAAAGGUCCACUGUACUACUUGUAUUCACUUGUGCUUGGGUGCUCCUGCUUCAUAAAGGGAGUGGUAGCUGGUGCUUUUCAGUAAUGAGGGCCCUGAACUUUCUCUUUUUCUCUUCACCUCACCGAAGUGUAAAAAAACAUCAGUUGCCUUUGUCACAUGUCCUCACUUGCUGUUUUUUGGGGUUUUGUUUUAAUUGUGUUUUAAUUGAGAAAAAAUAUCCCAAAACUUGAAGCCGGCAUUGUUGCCGUUUCGAUCUCUUUCUAUUUUUGAAAUCUUUGUAUUAACUGCAAUUAAAUAAAUUUUUAAAAAGAAA